AUGCUCGUUAAGCUCCUCCGCCGACUGAAAGUGGAGGACAAGGCACGUAGCACAGCGGGGCCUCGAGAUAUUUCUGCCACAAGUCCUGCUUCCCAACCCACCGACGAGAAGAUAAGCGUCUUAAAUGACCUAAAACCUUCAAGCGAACAGCUUCUUUUGCGAAACCCUCCUGCAGAAUGGCAACUUCCUCUACCCCCUGACAUCAUCCUCUUGAUCCUCGACUAUUUCGUGCAAGACAUGACAACGGUUUACAAUCUUAGCUUGGCUUGCUCCAGCCUCGCUAAGAUAUGUCGCCCCUACCGCCUGAGCACCGUUUCUCUGAAUAUCCAAGCUCGCGUCACAGUCGAGGAUUUCGCCUGGUCUCUCCGCACAUAUCCCGACAGAAUCGACCUCAUUCAAUCUUUCCAUAUUACCGGGGAUAACCCUCCUUGGUAUUCUACUUCCGUAGAUGAGCGCCUAUGUUUUAUUCUAACCCGGCCUUAUCUGAAGCUGAAACGGCUGGAGCUCUCAAUUGGUGCUUCGUGGGCAUCAAUGCCCUCACAAUUUCAACACGCAUUCCAAGUACUGUUUGCGCGGCCCGCCCUACGAGAAAUAGUCUUCGACCGCAUGCGAAUUUCCGUCGAUAUGCUGGCAUAUCUUCCCCAGAUAUCCUCCCUGGAGAUCCGAGGAGACAUUUCCUGGCCGCCACAGCUUACUUCAGGUAUCUGCGUUCCAACGCGUCUCCUCGUUUACGAUCGCACUCCAGAUGGAUAUGUGAUCCACGGUUUAUUUUACGAGGAUUCCCCACUGAAAUUGACGAAAUUGAAACAGUUGGAGACCUACGUUGCCAACUUAGAUGCAGGUGCCCUUGCCAUUCCGCUCAGAAUGUGCGCAACGACCCUAACGUCACUGCACCUCUACACUGGCAAAAUGAAUUCAGUUCCGAAUGCCAUUGACCUCGGAUCACUCACGCAGCUGGAAGACAUUCUACUCACCUGUGACCUCACCGAAGCCCCGACAUAUCACUUUUCUCGAGUGCUUGAUGCGCUCUCCCGUCUCGGCCCGGACCCAUAUCCUGUCCACAAUUUGAUCCAAAUCACGGUCAUCCUACGCAAAAGUCGUCUUGGAUUCACGAAAUACCCCAGGUGGGGCCUCCUCGAUGCCCUCUUCGCCCCUUCUCUAGAGAUACGAUGGCCAAAGCUCGGCAAAGUGAACAUUCGCAUUGUAACUGAGGAUAAGUCCGACGAGAGGUGGUAUGUUCAAGGGUCAACGGAGAAGAAAAUCCAACCCUUGAUGCCCGUUCUACACGGUGCUGGGGUAUUGAACAUCCAUGCGUCGGUCGAGUCUCUCGACCUUUGGCGUCUUUGA